AUGCGUUUCCAGUCUAUGAUCGCUGCUGCGCUUCCUGCGCUCGUCCUCUCCGCUCCUACUCCCCAGUGGGAUGAUGUUCCUGAGGAGUCCAUUGUUGGUGGAACCACCGCUGCUGCCGGUGAAUACCCCUUCAUCGUCUCUCUCCAGGCCGGUGGCCGCCACAUCUGCGGUGGUACCCUCAUCAACGGCAACACCGUUGUUACCGCUGCCCACUGCUCCGUCAGCAGCGCCAUUGGCUCCGUCUCCAACACCGCUGUCCGUGUCGGCUCUUUGAGCUCCAACUCUGGCGGCACUGUCGUCCGCGUCUCCCGCAUCGUCCUCCACCCCAGCUACGCGGCGAGCACCUCUAACAACGACGUUGCCAUCUGGAAGCUCUCUAGCACCGUCACUGCCGGUGGCAACGUUGGCUUUGCUACCCUCGCCGCCUCUGGCUCUGACCCCGCUAGUGGAUCCACUGCCUCCGUUGCUGGAUGGGGAGCUACCCGUGAGGGUGGCAGCGCCUCGACUACUCUCCUCAAGGUCAGCGUCCCCAUUGUGGCCCGCAACACCUGCAUUGCCAACUACGGCUCCCUCACCGUUACCACCAACAUGGUCUGCGCUGGUGUCACUGCUGGUGGUCGCGACUCUUGCCAGGGUGACUCUGGCGGCCCUCUCGUCGAUGCCAACAAGACCCUCAUCGGUAUCGUCUCCUGGGGAAGCGGCUGCGCUCGCCCCAACCUUCCCGGUGUCUACUCCCGCGUCGGCACCCUCCGCAGCUUCAUCGACCAGAACGCUUAA